UGGGUUGCGCCUCUCUGUAAAAGCCUCCGUCGUCGGGCCGUUGUUUUCUGUCAUAACGGCGCCUCCUUCUCUCCUCUCCCGGUCUUCCCGAGAGCGUGUGAGAGAGAUAGAAGAAACCGGCGCGAUCGAAUCAAUGAAGGCGGCAGCGGCAAGCCUGACCGUGAGAGAUCGCCGGAUCCUGGCGGUGGUGAGCACGGGGACGGCGGCACUCUCGCUGGCGGGAUCGGCUUUCAUCGUGCUCUGCUACCUCCUCUUCAAAGAGCUCCACAAGUUCUCCUUCAAGCUCGUCUUCUUCCUCGCCCUCUCCGACAUGUUUUGCAGUUUCUUCACUAUAGUUGGGGAUCCAUCAAAUGGAUUUUUCUGCUAUGCUCAAGACUAUACUGCACACUUCUUCUGUGUAGCAUCUUUUUUAUGGACUACGACAAUUGCAUUCACUCUCCACCGAACAGUUGUUAGACACAAAACGGAUGUUGAAGAUUUUGAAUCAGUUUUUCACUUGUACGUUUGGGGAACUUCACUAGUUACAACUGUCAUACGCUCUAUAGGCAGCGAAUAUGGACGACUAGGUGCCUGGUGUUGGACCGAAUCUGCACGCACAGGAAAGGUAGCUCACUUAAUAACAUUUUAUGGUCCACUCUGGAGUGCCAUUCUGUAUAAUGGAUUUACAUACUUUCAAGUGACUCGCAUGCUAAACAAUGCAACACGGAUGGCUGUGGGCAUGUCAGAUCAAUCACGCCAUUUUGAUACAAGGGCAGAAAAGGCAGUAAAUAGGUGGGGCUACUAUCCUUUGAUUUUGAUAGGAUCUUGGGCAUUUGGAACAAUCAACCGUCUAUAUGACUUCAUCAAUCCAGGGCACAAGAUCUUUUGGCUUUCUUUUCUUGAUGUUGGGUUUGCUGGACUUAUGGGGCUAUUCAAUUCAAUUGCUUAUGGGCUUAAUUCUUCAGUGAGGCGAGCUAUUGGAGAAAGAAUUGAUAUGUGGAUACCUGAGAAAUUCAGAAAGUUCUGUCCUGCUUGGUUAAGGCCCAGAGGUCAACAGCAAGAAAAUGAGCUUGUGUCGCUGGUGGUUGAAGGGCAGCAAUAGCUAAAGCUGAUUAUGCUGUUGUAGUCCUUUGUAUUACCUCAUUUUGCAUCAAUAUUGUUGUCAAAUUCAUAAGAAAGCAGAUCUGGAGGAAUCAGAUGAGGAACGUGGAUUGAAAGAAUGGCCGUGCAUCUCUGUGAUUAUCACUCUUAGUACAUCCAUUCUUCUAAAACAGAUUGAAUGCCAGCACACUGCAGAUCUCCCACCUAAAUUCAGUUUCAAUUUCCUCUUUUAUCUGCUCAGCAGUUGUGGAUACCAAUCCGUGUGGUCUGCUUCAACAUCAUGGGUAUUUAGGAUGUUUCAUCUAUGGCAUUGUUUUCAGCAAAACUGUAGAUGAUAACGGGUUGGAGGCAGAGAUUACUAGGAAAAAGAAGAUACAGCAGAUUGGUGGAUAUGUAUCAUUUAAUGGAUAGCAUCAUUAUUUUCUUUUGAUAUAUUUUUUUGAAUCUUCAAUGUAUCAUAUCAUGAACAUUUGGUGUUUCAUAUGGAAUCUUUGGAUUUAUGAUGAUUCUUUCUUGAACUUUUUUGUUUUCAGACAAUAUUUGCUAUCAUAAUGGUAUGAUUCUUGUUUUCA